AUACAACGCGAAUGUGAUUUUGCAAUUCACACCCACAAAGCAGCGUCAGUGCGUAGCCCUAGUGUGAUUCCGUGUCUGCAAUCUGCGCUGCGCGAGCGAAGUCGAGGACAUCGACAUGGACGCGCCGAGGGGUACCCCGCCGGGGCGGGCACGGGCGCCGCCGCCCGGAUGGAUCGGCGAUUCUGGGUCCGGGCGGGGCUCCGGCCCCGACGGCUCCUGGAGGUACGGCUGGGAGUGGGCUUCAGGGCCUGGAGGCAGCUGGGGCUACGGCCACAGCUCAGAGCAAAGCCCCGGCGGCACCGCGUUUGGGUUCGGCUACGGCAGCGGCGGCGGUGGAGGAGGAGGCGGAGGGGGGAGCGGACGUGGAGGCUUCGGCUUCGGCAGGCUCGGCGGCCACGCUGGCGGGUUCGGCUGGGGUAUCGGGCCCGGCGGCCAUGCUGGCGGCUGGAGCAGCUGGAGCGGCGGCCAUGCUGGCGGCUGGGGAGCAGGCGGUGGGGCCUUUGGAGGCGACCACGGCGGCUGGGGCGCGCGCGCAGGGUUCCGCGGCGGGAGGCAACGCGGAGGACGCGGCGGCGGCAAUUGACUGGGGGUAUGUAUGCUACGGCGUGGUGAGAUCACUGCCGGAGUAUAGUAGGAGCAGUUGAUCUAGGUCUUGGUCUGGGAGGUCUUGCCAGAGUAUGUGGUUUGUUCAACUCUGUCUAUCUGCAUGUGCUAAAUUUCAGCGUGAGCACUGAUGAUUGUAGCACGAUCUGAAUCUUUGACUCUUGUACUGUUCUACGUAAUACUAAUACUGUGGUCAUCCCUAAA